GCGGGCGCGUCGCGGGCUGACGCGGAUGACGCGGCGCCCGCCAGGCCGCAGCCCAGCUGCCGGGCCGCCGAGCCCGCCUCGACCCGCCCCCGGCCUUCCCCCUCGGGCCUCCCGAGCGCGCCAGUCAGAUCGUGGCGGCCGGCCGCGCGGUGCGCUCCUUGCCUGCAGCCUGGGCGAGGCGACUCGCGCGCGGGCACACCCCCACGUCCUCCGCCGCCGCUGCCUCAGCCCUGCUGCCUCCGCUCUGCCCUGCCCGCCGCCGCGCGCCCACGGGGAUAUGGCACACGCGCCGGCACGCUGCCCCGGCGCCCGGGGCUCCGGGGACGGCGAGAUGGGCAAGCCCAGGAAGGUGGCGCUCAUCACUGGCAUCACGGGCCAGGAUGGUUCAUACUUGGCUGAGUUCCUGCUGGAGAAAGGCUACGAGGUCCAUGGAAUCGUACGGCGAUCCAGUUCAUUCAAUACAGGUAGAAUUGAACAUCUAUAUAAGAACCCCCAGGCUCAUAUUGAAGGAAACAUGAAGUUGCAUUAUGGUGAUCUCACUGACAGUACCUGCCUUGUGAAGAUCAUUAAUGAAGUGAAGCCUACCGAGAUCUACAACCUUGGAGCCCAGAGCCAUGUGAAAAUUUCUUUUGACCUGGCUGAGUAUACUGCAGAUGUUGAUGGAGUUGGCACCUUACGGCUCCUGGAUGCAGUUAAGACCUGUGGCCUUAUCAACUCUGUGAAGUUCUACCAAGCCUCAACAAGUGAACUUUAUGGGAAAGUGCAAGAAAUACCUCAAAAGGAGACCACUCCUUUUUAUCCUCGGUCACCAUAUGGGGCAGCAAAACUCUAUGCCUAUUGGAUCGUGGUGAACUUCCGUGAGGCAUAUAAUCUCUUUGCAGUGAAUGGCAUUCUCUUCAAUCAUGAGAGUCCUAGAAGAGGAGCUAAUUUUGUUACUCGAAAAAUUAGCCGGUCAGUAGCUAAGAUUUACCUUGGACAACUGGAAUGUUUCAGUUUGGGAAAUCUGGAUGCCAAGCGAGAUUGGGGCCAUGCCAAGGACUAUGUAGAGGCCAUGUGGCUGAUGUUACAGAAUGAUGAGCCAGAGGAUUUUGUCAUAGCCACUGGGGAAGUCCAUAGCGUCCGGGAAUUUGUAGAGAAAUCAUUUUUGCACAUCGGAAAAACCAUUGUGUGGGAAGGAAAGAAUGAAAAUGAAGUGGGCAGAUGUAAAGAGACUGGCAAAGUUCACGUGACUGUGGAUCUCAGAUACUACCGACCAACUGAAGUGGACUUUCUGCAAGGAGAUUGCACCAAAGCGAAACAGAAGCUGAACUGGAAGCCCCGGGUCGCUUUUGAUGAGCUGGUGAGGGAGAUGGUGGAUGCCGACGUGGAGCUCAUGAGGAACAACCCCAACGCCUGAGUGCCGCCGGCCCGUGGUCCCCGCGUGAAGCCUGCCGGUGCAGGGCUGCAGGUGUGAUGCUGGGAGGGAGGCGAAUCCCGCCGGUGCCCUGCGAACCUCGCCCCCUCUCCCUCCAGCAAGAUCCGGGCGGCCGAGGUUUGUAGCAGCCGGGACGUGGCACUCUGGGGUUCGGCCCAGUUUCCUUUUGUCGAGGCCUCUUCUGAAUGGUUUUCUGAGAUCAAGAUGUUUUGAUCACAUAUUCACCUUACUCAUAAUUAUGUCAUCAGACAACUCAAAUUGUGGGGCUUUCAAAUGGUUUUUCUCUUUUCUUAUUAAAAAUGGCCUUUCUAUGAACCAGCA